UUAGCCUCACACCACAUCUCUUCUAAAUAUUCUAAAUAUAGCACAUCCAUAUUCCUAGAAAAUGGCUUCUAGGUAGUACAAUGAGUAUAUAAGUUCACCGCUUAUCGAAUGUUUGUUCAUUUAAAGUCAAAGCAGCGUUUGAGCGAACUGGCUAAUACAUUCAAACUGUGAAUAAGUUCAUUUGAAAUACAAGUAGAGGGCAAAUAAAUGUGAAUAAAUACAAGAUAUGUGGAGAAUUUAAACGCGGACUUUCUGUUUGUGUUAAAGUGGAUGUUUCAAUGAGAUAAAGUCCAUGGGUGUUUCUACACCAUUAGUUGUUAUUUAUCCAAUAACCCCCAUGGCCGUGAAAGACAGCAUCCGAGGAAUGCACUGUGCAGAAUGCCAACUCAAAUGUAACUGUCUCUCAUCCAUUUGGAUCCAUGACUUCGGGACGUCUGGACACAAACGUCUGCAACAGGCGCCAGCGUCUACAGCGUCAACGCAGAAAGCGGCCAGACGCAAAGGGGACAGUUAUUAUUGUGAAAAGGAUUUAUCCCGGACACUAAGUGCUGUUGGAUCUCUACAAGAGGGGUGUUUCUAUUUUCCGGAUAUAAGCAGUUCUCAGGCAAAAGCGAUGUUGAGGUAUUGUGACGUUGGUACGUUUUUUAUACGUGACAGUUCAGAUUCUAGGUAUUUAUUCACGUUGAGCGUCAGUACAAAACGGGGACCUACGAGUAUUCGAAUUCUUUAUGAACAUGGAAUGUUUUCUUUAGAUGCCGACGAGAAGUCCAGAAACCAUUUACCAAAGUUCGAUGCGAUUUUAAACUUAAUUGAUUAUUACGUUCGCCAAAGUUCGUCGAAAACCUCUGACAAGUGCCGAUUUUUGGACACUAGAGGGAAAAAGGAUUUACCAAUUAUUAUAUCCAAACCAAAAUUGAGUGAUGUUCCAUCCUUGAAGCAUCUUUGUCGGACCGCAAUAAUUCGCUCUCUUCCGGUCGCAAGUCCGCUAGGGGUCACCUCAGUCUCGGGUCGUCUUCCGUUGCCAAAACUUCUUCAUAGCUACAUCAAAGAUUACCCUUUUGUGUAUUGAAAGUUUCUCGGAAAAUGUGGCACCGUUAAAAUAGCAAAACGCGGUUGGAGGCGCAGCAGACGACUACGUUUUGCGUCAGCAUGAAUGGAUCGACGAUCGUUGUGGUUCGAGGUGGAUUCUAAUGAGGAGUGAACAAGAGAAUGAAUUGAGUGGGGGAACGGUUCGGGAGAGGUUAAGUGUGAAGUAUUAGUAGUCCCACAAGGUGUGCAAACUUUAAAUCGCCUACCUCAACUCUUCGCACUAACUGACCUAUAGUUUACGUACACAAAACCUUGCUUUUACAUUAAAAUGUUUAUAACACGCUGUUAAGGUGUACAUGUACCUCGCUCAGGAAACAUGCACUUUGUCAUAUUUAUUUAUGUGUUAUUUAUUUAAUUGUCUUAUUAAUGCUUUAUUAAAAUUGAUGACAUGCUAAA